AUGUCUUUUCAAGUAAUUCACCAUCCUGUUGUCAACCGUUCUCUCAAAUAUGCAAACACAACUGUUGGUCGUGAUAAAGUUUAUAAGGGAGUUCAAUUCUUUGCACGAUUCUUGGCAUGGUAUCUUAGUCGCCUUGACUAUGAUAAAGAUACGAUUAAACGACUUAGCAGUUUAAAAAGCACAAUCGCCUCGGCUAGAAAACUUAUGCGAAUUGGAAAGUUUGUAGAACAUUUACAAUUUGCUUCUAAAGCUCUUAAGGAGAAGGACGAAUUCGCUAGGGUUACUACAUUAGGCAGGCGGUUAGGCUAUACUGUUUAUUUAUUUUGUGAUAGUUUAAUUUGGGCACAUAGUACUGGCGUUUAUAAAUUUAAUCAAAUAAAAAGAAUAACUAAUACAGCAUCUAAAUUUUGGAUUAUUGGUCUUAUAUCCUCGAUCAUUCAUUGUUUUUAUAAAUUACAUCAAAAUGGUUAUCAAACAAGUUUUUUAGAACGAAAUAGUAAAUCUAAAAAUAUUGAAAAUAGUGAACAAAGUUCUAGUGUCCAUUCUAGUGUUAACGAUCUUAAAAGGGAACGCAAAAAUCUUAUCAGACAACUUUUCCAAGAUCUCUUUGAUAUAGUGAUCCCUCUUACUUCCCUUGGAUAUAUUCAUCUAGAAGAUGGUAUAGUUGGUCUUUCUGGAGUAUUCUCUGCUAUUAUUGGUGCUAAGAUUCAAUGGGAAAAAGUGAAAUAA